AAAAUUGGAUCAGAGAGAGAGAGAGAGAGAGAGAGAGAGAGAUUUCGCUGUGGAGAAAAAGAAAACGUAGAACAUCGGAUCUCAGAGAGAGAGAGAGAGAGAGAGAGAGAGAGAUGGAAGGUGGGAAAAGAGAUGCUAGGCGAAGGAGGCUUUCAGAUAGCGGAGCGGAUCGCAUGGCUUUCAUAACCGGAAAGAUCCAAGCACUCCCAGAGAAUGAGAAACCAAUCCCAAUUCCUGCCCCAAAGCUCACUCGACGCGAUGCCAUCAGCGUUGGUCGCCACAGAGAGGAUGAGGCUGAUGAUUCUGAAGCUGUGACGAAUUCCUUGGUCAACGGCUCCGAAGUACAUCCUUUGUUGGUUCCAAAAUCAAUCUCCCUCCCUACAACAGUUCAAAAAUCUUUCUCACUCCCUCUGGAGGCUCUAAAAUCACCCUCGCUCUCCUUGGUAGGUCCGAACUCAUCCAAUUCCACUUCUCAUACUGAGUCACAUGUACAACCACUGCCUGCCUUUCGUAGGAUUUUCACUGCCCGCCAAAUCACAUCCUCCAUCUCAGCUUCUGAGAACAUCCGCCUGCUUUGUGCCGCCGUCAUUGCUCUGUGGGCCGUUAUAUGGUAUCGCAGUUAUGAUUCAGGUGCAACAGCUUCUAGGCCAUUGUAUCUGCUCUCACUGACAGAUGUCACUGUUGUGAUUGGGCUACUACUGGCGGGACAUGGCGGUGCUCAUGCGAGGGCUGAAGUAGGACCAAGAAACUCAGGUCAAGAUGCUGAUGAUUGGGCAGAGAAAGCUGGUAGGGCUUUGGAGCUUGGGCUGGUGUUGCAGAAGGCCGUGACUGCUUUUCUCAUGGAUUUCAGUGUCUAUGCCGUGCUUCUCAUCUCCGGCUUUUCUCUGAUGCAAUACUGGUAGUUUAUUUCUUUUUAGGGUUAAUAUGAUUGAUGGGUUUUCAUCGCUUGAUCUGGUUUCGAUGAGUAUUCUUCAUGAGGUGAGUAGUCUGGUGGGCCGCCUUACCUGAGUCGACUUGGGAGUUUCUGAUUUUGACCAAUGUGAACACUUAUGAUCUGAUUGUAUAUUGUCACUGCAGUUAUUUGCUGCGCAGUGGCGUUGAAGCACAUAAAAAUUCUUGUUUUGCAUCA